CGUGUGUUCGAACUGUGACUUAGUUUUAUAUGCGCCCGGGGUAGCCUGCAGUGCACAUACAUAGAGAUUAUGUCGCUACCGUGAAUAAACGCGCCAAAGACGCGAAUUAAAUGAAAGGUGCAUUAUUUUUAUAAGUGGCGAACUUUCCGGUAAAUGCUGUCGUCGCAUGAUGGGGUAGCAAAAUGCGGGGGCAAAUUUGCUAUUUUGGUUCUGACUGGUUGGUGUUGUUUUUGUUCUUUGUGAAUUUUAAUGAAGUGUUGUGCCUGGAUACAAAGGAGUUUCAAAAGACUUUACCAGCUCGUCUUGUUUGGGGCGUACCUGGAAAAGACGUGGAAUUACCUUGUGAUAUAACUCCAGCCCUUCCCAAUGAUAACGUUACAAUGCUUUUUUGGUUUAAGGAUAAUUUAGGAAUGCCUUUGUAUAGUUUGGAUGCAAGGGAUGGUCCCAUUGAUAAAGCGUCUCAUUUGGCUAUGAGUGAUGACUUGGGUUCACGAAGUUAUUUUAUAACUGAAGAUGAACCCUCAAAAGCUAGACUUAGGAUACAAAAUGUAAAUAUGCACGACCAAGGAGUCUUUAGAUGCCGGGUAGACUUUGUCAAUUCUCCGACAAGAAAUUACCAGGUUAAUUUAACAUUAGUAGCUCAACCGUCAGCUCCUAGAGUAUUUGACGCAGAAGGCCGGGAAAUUAAAGUCGGCCAUCCCGCAGGACCUUUUUUGGAAGGACGUGAAUUGUUUUUAUCCUGUCAAGUUACAGGCGGUCGCCCAAAACCCACUUUAACUUGGUGGUACAAUGGUACAAUUUUGGACAGUGUGAUAGACUCAAGUCGUGAGUCGUUUACGACUGUCAAUCAACUUGUGAUAGCCUCUACUCCGAGGUACCUUAAAGGAGCUCACUUUGAGUGUCGAGCUUCUUCUUCAGAGACUGCUGGAUAUAUUUCCAGGGAAAUACCGAUAACAGUAUUUUUGAAACCCAAUAAAGUAAAAAUAGUGAGUCCCAACGAUUUGCUGUCCAUCAGUAAGUCGCAAAACGUAAGAUGCGAGACGUCCGGUUCUUAUCCACCUGCCAAACUAACAUGGCUACUUGAUGGAAGGGCCAUUAGGAACGCUGUUGUUACUGAGGAAGAGACCGAAAGUUUCACAGGAAGCAUUUUGUCGCUUAAUGUGGCAGUAGAAGACGACGGCAAGGAUCUGGUGUGUCGAGCAGACAAUCCUAGAUUUCCCGGGGGAUAUGCCGAGGAUCGGAGACAAAUACAUGUUGCUUAUCCUCCUAGGGUAUCAGUGCAACUUGAAGCAGGAUUACAUUCUCCUGUCAAGGAAGGUACGGAUCUGACGUUAUUGUGCAAAAUUUCCGCCAGUCCAACUGCUGAAGGUUACAGCUGGUAUCAUGACAGUCAUUUGAUUCCGUAUAACGAAACAGCUGGAAUCCUGCCGGAUGGAGAGAAACUGGUGUUAAAAGGCAUUCGCCAGAAUUCAGCUGGUUAUUACGCCUGUUCAGCGAUUAACUCCGAAGGUGAAACAUACAGUGCUCCAUUUGAACUCGGAGUGCAAUACGCUCCUCGAUGCAAAAAAGGGUAUGAGAUAAUGCGAGUUGGCGCCCUUCCCUUUGAGACACUAGUGGUCCAAUGUCACGUAGACGCUAUUCCAGACGUUGCCCGAUUUUCCUGGACGUAUAACACCAGCAAGGGCGUUCUGCCCAUCCAGGGGGGUAAAAUGGAAAACGAGGGCAAUGUGUCGAUAUUACGCUUCACACCUGGAUCUGACGAUGUCGAAUCUCUGGCGUGCUGGGCCACUAACAGCGUAGGGAGACAGGAGAAGCCAUGCCUUUUCUUUAUCGUGCCUGCGGAAGCCCCUGAAUCGCCGAGAAGUUGUCUUGUUAGAAACGCGACACAUGGAGAGGGCCUGGAGGUGUCGUGUAUCGCCGGCAAAGAUGGCGGAUUACACCAAAGUUUCGUCCUCGAAGUUUCCGACAUCUCCGUACCUUCCAAUCCUCCAGGUGUUACCACGCUUAGCGAUCAAGGUGAUCUACCUCCACCAAAAUAUCGUGUUCUAGGGGAACGGCCAGUCUUCCGCCUUCACAGCCUUCAACCUGGAAAAGACUACCAAGUGGCGGUUUAUGCUGAAAAUGCAAAAGGAAAAAGCUACCCUCCUGUGAUAUUACCUAAUGUUAGGGUAGAAAACCCCAUGUCUUCUCAGUAUUUUAACGCAGAUGAUGCCCAAUCUUCAGAAGUUGUACCAACUGCAGAAAAUUCCACAUCCAGUAUGAACUUAACUGCUAUAAUAGUAGGUCUAGCUUGUGCUGCUGUCAUUCUAAUAAUAAGUAUAGUAUCAGUAUCUGCAAUUCUCGCCUGCAAAAAACCAAAAACUGGAAUUGUCAAGCGAAGAAGAAGUAGCAAACCUCCUGAUGAAUUUGAUUUGUCCGAGGAUGGAUUUGGAGAGGGAUUUCAUAGACGAAGUGCACAGUAUAGAGCAAGUAUGUAUGGAGAAUGUGAAGAACGAAUAUCCAGAAUGAUUGAAGGUCCGGAUUUAAUAUUUUCUCCAAUAACGAACUCUCAAAACAGCUUGGAGUUCUAAAAAUAUUAACAUAUUUUAAAAAUAAUAUAUGUAUAAAUAGCUUAGCACUAAAGAUAUAAUUUAAGACCAACUUUUGUGCCAUCUGAGUUAAUAAAUUUUUAAGCAACAAAUUACUUAUUAUAAUGAUAUUAUGUGUAUAUAUAAAAUGUUAGAUAUUAAUGUACUAAAACAUAGGUAGCAGUCAUAUUUUUUUAUUAAAGAUAGCAUGUUAAAUAGCAAGAGCUUAAAAAUUUACUGGUUAUAUCAUUAAGAAAACAAUGAUACACGAAAUAGGUAGAUAAUGAAAAAUUGAAGGUCCUCAAAUAAACUAGAAUGACAAUCCUGCUGAAAUACUGAAACAGGAUGGAAAUCAAAGGCAUUAGACUGGUAAACGAGACAAGAGAAGAAGAGGAGUCUCAUGUUCAAAAAUUGCUUGCACAAAAAAUAUUACAGUACAAUAUUAAUAAGUACAAUUUUCCAAAGUUUCAAAUUUCAAAGUCAGAGAGAACCACAACUACUGUAUUACGAAUACAAAUUAUUUUAAUGUAGUUUUUUUUUAGUUUCACCAAAUGUAAGAGUUCAUUAUUGUUUUUGUUUGUGUACUUUCUAUGUUCAUGUGUAUGAAAGUUUAUUGGAUUUGAUAAUUAAGAAAACGUUUUAAAAAAUACAGUGUGCUCAAAGAUAGGUAGAUUAGUUAUAAUACAAUGUAUAGAAUUUACAUGAAAAAUGUGUAUUAUAGUAGCAAAUUUUCGUUAAUAUUGUUACAAAAACGAAUAAAUAUUUCAAAAAAUAUUUAUUGAUUAAAAAUAUUAAUUAAAUAUUAUCAAUAAUUGAAAUCGUGUAAAAAUUUUUGUAUCAUUAUCAUUUGCUUGUUCCUGCUAUUCUAUUAUCCUAUGAUCUUUAGUUUUACAAUAUAACCCUUUUUAGUUUUAAGAAUACAUUUAGGUAAUUAUUUUCUGUAGUUACAAACUUUUGUACCAUUCUAGAGAUCUAAAAUUAUUUAUUUUUAUGGUAAAUAUGUAAGAUGUAUAUUUUUUAUUUGUCUAGUUUUUUAAAGAAUUAUCAUCACUGUCAAACAUAUAAAAAAUUUUGUAUCUCAGGUAUUCAUUUAGGUAAAUAAAUUCACCAAGAUGA